UCAGUCAGUUACAUACGUCAUAUCAAAUAUUAUUAAUAACCAUGCAUAAAAUAUUUGCUUGAAAUUAUACAAUUUGAAUUUUCAUUUAACACUUUGAAAACAUAUAUUCGAAAUCAGGACUCGCAAUUGGUACCCUUCUAAGAAUUUCAUUUUAUUGUAGGAGUAAUAUUUUAAAAAAAAAUGUCUUUCAAUUUAGGAUUUAUUGGUGGUGGAAACAUGUCAACGGCAAUUUUUAAAGGAAUACAAAAAAAUGAUAAUCAUCCAGUUUCAAAAAUAUGGGUAGCAGGACCACAUUUAAACAGUCUCCAGCACUGGAAAGAGUCAGGCGCUAAUGUAACCACCAAAAAUGGAGAACUAGUCAAUAACUGUGAUGUAAUUUUUAUUGGUGUAAAACCUGGUGUAUUGAAUGAAGCCCUCAUGAAUUGCCUUGAUUCUCUUUCUGUAUCGGGAGCUAAAAAUGUAUUAUUUAUUUCUAUGUUAGUUGGAAUUAAUAUAGAAUAUUUGCACAAGGCAUUAAAAGGGCUGCCAGUACAAUCAAGCGUGAUUCGCAUUUUGCCAAACACCCCAAUGGCUGUUGGUGCAGGUUCAUGUUUGUAUACACCAGACAUAAAUGUUACACAGGAACAGUGCACAUUAUUCGAAAAAUUACUAAAAGGCUGUGGAGUCUGUGAAAAAGUAUCAGAAACCCUCAUGGAUUCUUUGGGAAUUCUCACAGGAUGUGGACCUGCAUUUAUGUACAUUGUGAUCGAAGCAUUGGCAGAUGGGGCAGUGAAACAAGGUGUACCUAGAGCAAUUGCAUUAAGGCAUGCAGCACAAAUGAUGGUAGGAAGUGGUGAAAUGGUACUACAAACUGGCAAGCACCCUGGGACAUUGAAAGAUGAAGUAUGCUCUCCAGGUGGCUGUACUAUUUGUGGUGUCACUGCCCUUGAGAAUGGAAAGUUGAGAGCAACUAUAAUUAGUGCUGUUGAAGCUGCUGUUCUUAAGGGCAAGGAAAUGGGAAAGAAAUAAUCAUGUAAAAGUAGAAUCUCAUAAAGAAACUCAAACCUUACUAUAAACUAAAGUUAUAUAUUAAUAUUAUUUAUUUGUAGUUAAAAAUAUAUUUCAAAUAGACAUACUAUUAUUUUAAUAGUAGUAUAGUUAUAAUGUGGAUGUGGUUGCUGGACAACACUGGAAAUAAUGGUAGUCUUAGUUUAAAUAUUAUGUAUUAUGUAGUAUUAUUCUCGAAAAUAUAUUCAUGACAAAUGAAAACAGGACAAUAGUUACUAACAAAGUAAUAGUUACUUUUGUCAUGAUAAGUUCCUGAAUUACAAGUUAAAACUAAUGUUUUUUGUUGCUGAUUCUAAUUUAAGUAUUAACAUUAGUGUUACCUGAUCAUAUAGUAACUAUAACAAGUAAGAUAUGUUUUAGCCAUGUAUAAGUGCUAAUUUUAUAGAAAAAUGAUAAAAGAUAUUAUUUCAAAUAUAAAUAGCUUAUUUAAUAAUUAUUAGAUGUGUCUUAAAUAGACAAUAACUUAGUAUAUAAUAUUUUUUGUUUGUCUUAGUAUUUACAUUUGAGUCUCAUUAGCAGUGGUG